AUUAUUGUUAUAUUGUCGUUUACAUACUAGACACUAUUCAUUGUAACACUGUAACAUUCUGAAUGAAGAUGAAUUUCUGCAAGUGACUCAAGGAGAUUACACGGGGGGGGGGCAGCCAGCUUUAUGACCCCUUAGGCCUCCUUUUUGGCAUCGUUGAGAUAUUCUGGAUGGAUAUAGGCAAUGCAUGUGCUCAUGGAUGACCUAUUUGGACUUUGUUUAUACGAGGAUAAACCGAAAUUUCUGGAUCUAUGCCUGUGGUAUCGAAUUGUUCGACAUACGGAGGCUGGAUGGACUCACUGCCGGGGAAGGUGAUACAGUUAACGUGGAGGAAAGCAAUAUGACAAAAUCACCCGAAGAACCUCUAAAUAGUGAUGCAAAGAUGGCAAGUAUCGUUCUAUGCGUGAUAAAUGGGCUAUAUUCGCCUAAAUAUCUACCUAUAUAUUGUUUUUUGAUUAACUCUUUCCCUCUUGCUUCCGUUCCAGAGGAAUAUUGGUAAGGUGGCAUGUCGUGUGGUCGAUACUUCCUGGUCAAUGCUUUACGAUGGUUUUGCAAGCGUGUACACUGAAACUGUUGCGUCUAUCGUGUCUCUAGACGCCCAUGGACAGGUGGCAGUGUCAUCAACGGAAUUAAACCCUUUGUAGAGUACCACACCGCAUGCACAUGCUACGCCCUUCUAUAAUGGUUCAGCCGAUCGCGAUGUUCAACGGCUGUCUUCGCGCAGGCAGAGAGGCGAUAAUCCUAUAAUAAUAACUCAAGCUACGCUGAUUUGAAACGCCAGACCCUCCUUUCACGGCGGGGCUUAGUGGGAUGCCCCUGUGAAGCUUUCCAAGGGUAUAUACAUCACGCGAUCGAGGAAGGGAGGCAAGUGUUCUCGCGCAAUUAUUCGUUCCGCAUUACUUUUAGCCUAACAGCCUACCCUGAAUGCAACGAAGGACUACAUCAAGUUGAGGUGUGGUCAAUUAAAACCCUUUUCAACCUGUCAGGUCUUUCGGAAAGUUCAGAUUCUCCCACGAUCCGUACAAAAGGAUAUCUAUUUGUUACCACAGCACACGUUUCUGGUCACUUUUAACCGUGCCCAGAGAUACACUUGUGAGGAUUGAAUCGACGCCAAUAAAUACAGCCUCAGAAAGGAGUUGACGCCAAAACAUGUUGCCAUCUAUAUCGGUUACCUGCAUUCCAUUUGUGUAUGCCUAUAUACAGAUUACGCAUAAUGCAUGCGUAUCCAUCCAGCUAUUUUCUUUUGUGUGCACCCCUUUUUGGAGGGCGAGGGGGGGGGGGGGAUGGGGUGGUAUCUCUGUCGAAUACAACCAAUUUUUUCCCAUUUUCUUGAGCAGUACUAAUUAUUAUUAUUUCCGACAAAUAUAGUGCAAUGAAUCGUUUUAGGAUCUCAGGGAGUAGUAAAGAAUUGUUUGGACCCGAUGCUGGCUGGGAGGAUGAUACCACGAUCUCAAUCUGUGGGAAUCGCCUUUGCAAGGUGAAAUUCUCCUUUCUAGUAACAAAGCAUCACUGCAGAUGGUGUGGUCGCAUUUUCUGUGGCACUUGCGCGCCACGGAACGUCCAAGUCGACGGGAAAUGGUACCGUCGCUGCAAUGGGUGUCGUCUUCCUAUUAUAUUUCGAAGCGUUGUGAACCCAUUCACUGCGAAGCGUGAGGCCACUGUACUGCAUACCAUUUUAGACUUUCUAACCCCGAAAAGUAUCACUGCUUUAUUGCAAAGUUGCCAUACAAUGCUUGCAGGAUUUUUUUUGAGGGACUACCCUUUUUAUAAUACCAUUCAAGAGCGUUUUCCUUCCUAUUACGAGGGAGCUCAAAUUGGAAAGGGUGGGUUUGGUAUUGUGUACAACUGUGAGGAUCGCUUCAACCCGGCACGAGGUCAUGUUGUCAUCAAACGUCUGGUUAAGGAGAAGGCUCUGACCUACUCCAUGUGGGAACGGUUUUUUAACGAGCUGAAGGUUCAUAAAGCUGCCAACCACCCGAAUAUCGCGCGCCAGCUCGAGGUUUUUCAGACGCCUGAGGAUCUGGUCGUGGUUGUAGAAGCCGGUGAGGGCGGAACGGCGCGGCAGGCCUGCGAGUACGUGCGAACGCAUCGCCUGCCGCUGGAGCCUUUUGUAGCGUCGCUUGUUCGGCAGGUGGCGGCGGGGUUGGAUUACCUUUACCGCUCUUUACGUGUGGUGCAUCGGGAUAUCAAGUUUGACAACAUCGUCUUCACGCGGGACUUCGGUCGAGCCAUGAUUAUCGACUUUGGUUUGUCGGAGCAGCUUACGAUUGGGGAAGAUCAAGGUGGAACGGCGACGUAUGUUUUUAUGGCGGCCGGCACUCCAGGGUACGCCUCCCCGGAGAAUCUUGCCGCGGUCGUUUCCGGCCAAGCCUCCUUUCUCGCAACGGCGGCGACGAUGCAUAAGGGGGAUCUGUUCAGCCUAGGGGUGAUGGCGCACAUGAUGCUCACCUUGCAUCGUCCGCUUCGCGCCAGGCGGUUUUCCAAGCAGUACCUGGAGAUUCAGCAAGGGAUACGAUGCUACGGGCCCUGGUGGGAUGGCAUCUCGCUCGACGCUGCGGAUUUGGUUUCGCAGCUCCUCCAGCAGAACCCGAGUUCUCGCCCAGAUUACGCUGCUAUCUGUGCACAUCCGUUUAUUCGCCGGCAGGCCGCGAAGAUGGUGGAUAUCGUGCGGCACCGCCAGGAGUCCGGCCGCAGGGACGACGCCGAGGAGCGGGAGCAUUGGGUGCGUAUGGAGCCGACCCCGGAAGAUACGGAGGCUCCUGAGCAGUUCCCCUAUUCGAAGUAUAGCAUUCGGGGAUUCUUCAGCCUAUGGGAAUCAAGCCGAAUUUUGCUCGGCCGUAUGAAUAACUGGGGCGGCACGUUAAUCUUUUAG